AUUCAAGCAGAGCGAGCAAGUUCAUCAAAUACUCACAAUGGCGGACACAGAAGGCAGAUUGUUUUGAUUUUUGGACCAAUGUGUUACACAAAAUUAUCUAGUUUAAUUGUUAAUCAAAAAUAAUAUAACAUGUAACAGUGCUGUGUAGAAUUUAGACACAAUAUUCCAAUCAACAAUGUGAAAUAACUAGUCCUAAUCAGUAGUAGAACAAAAUAUUGUCAUCAUGGAGAUUGUUGGGGAUUACGAAUAUAGCACAAGCAAUAUAAUCGGACAUGGAGCAUUUGCUGUUGUUUUUAAAGGAAGACUCCGAAAAAAUCCAAGGAAUGUUGUCGCCAUCAAAAGUAUCACAAAAAAGAACUUGGCGAAAUCACAGAACCUUCUCGGUAAAGAGAUAAAAAUUCUUAAGGAGUUGACAGAGCUUCACCAUGAGAAUGUCGUGGCGUUGUUGGAUUGCAAAGAAUCCGCAAACAAUGUAUUCUUGGUUAUGGAGUACUGCAAUGGAGGUGACUUAGCUGAUUACUUAGGAGUUAAAGGUACUCUGAGCGAAGACACUAUCAGGCUAUUCCUGACGCAACUUGCUGGUGCUAUGAAAGCCCUGCAUGCCAAGGGUGUAGUACACAGGGACCUGAAACCUCAGAAUAUUCUGCUCAGUCAUAACGGACAAAGGCCCUCUCCCCCGCCGCAGCAUAUCAAGUUGAAAAUAGCCGAUUUUGGAUUUGCACGUUUCUUACAAGAUGGAGUUAUGGCUGCUACGCUGUGUGGUUCUCCAAUGUACAUGGCGCCAGAAGUGAUAAUGUCGCUGCAGUACGAUGCUAAAGCCGACCUAUGGAGCUUGGGCACAAUUGUGUUCCAGUGCUUGACUGGUAGAGCACCAUUUCAAGCUCAGACGCCUCAAGCUCUCAAGCAGUUCUAUGAGAAGAAUGCCAACCUGGCUCCCAAAAUCCCCCCGGGCACAUCAGCCGACCUACAGGACCUGUUGAACGGCCUCCUGCGUCGAAACGCAUCCGAGCGUCUCGAGUUCGACGCCUUCUUUUCGCACGCCUUUCUGCAGCCGCCCCCGCCCUCGCCCCCCACCCAGUUGUCUUCCAGUCCGGGGCCAGGACCCGAGCAGCCUGCCAAGAAUUGCCAGCUGGCCAAUCACAGUUUCCCUGUUUGCCUCAGUCCAGACGACUCUGAUGACUUUGUCCUAGUACCUUCUAAUCUACCCACUGACAGACAGGACGAUGUGAGUUGUAGGAAUAGUGAUACGAAUCAGGAGAGAGAUGUGAGUGCCAGUCCGCCCCGCCCCAGCUUCCUCCCCAUCCCUGUGCCAACUCAGCGCUAUCUGCAGCAAAACCAAACGCCUCCCGAUGAGAGUGCAGUACCAAGAUCUCAGCCAAUCAAUAUGCAGCGAGCCAGGGUGCCCAGUCCAGAUCUCAGUUCCUUGUCACCUCCUUCUGUGCAAUUUGUGCUGGGAACCCCGCCAGGGGGCAGACGGCCGCCUGAGACCCCGCCACCUGUGAACACGUGGACAGUGACUCCGACAAAUUCGCCACUGCGCAAGUCAGUGGUCAGUUCGCCCUUUCUCACCGGACCACUGGCCUCGAUCAAUGCCAACAACAUGCUGCCACCCAUUGUGCAGGGGACCAGGGCCAUCACACUGCCUGAAAUGGGAAGUACUGACGCUCAUAUGACUUUUGUCCUGCCGGAAUUACCACCGGAAACUAUAUUAGAAAGAGAGCACAACGAGACACUGGCCAAGCUCAACUUUGUGCUGGCGGUGAGCGAGUGCGUGAUGGAGGUGGCGGGCGCGGGAGGAAGGCCUCGUAACGAGUGCCUCGUCCUGCUUGUCAGAGCACUACAGCUGCUCAGCUCGGGGCUGACGCUUGCUAAGACCAAACUAGAUGCCAAGGUGCUGCAACCUUCUGCAUCGGUGAAGAACGUAGUGACGCAACUGAAUGCACGUUUUCGCCAGUGUUUGGGAGAUUGCAAGCAGCUUAACUCACCUGUGCUACUGCAGAAUGCCAGCGCAACGGCUGACAAGAUACUCUACAAUCAUGCCAUACAUAUGUGUCAAUCGGCGGCCCUGGACGAGUUGUUUGGCAAUCCGGCCGAAUGCUUCCAGCGCUACCAGACGGCGCAGAUCCUACUGCACAGUCUCAGUCAGCAAGUCAGCCAUCAUCAGGACAGGGCACUUCUCACCAAAUAUAAAGAUGCAGUUGAAAAAAGACUGAGCGUUCUGCAACAACAAGGCUACGUUUACGUCAACAAUACAUCGACUUAGAAAGACAAAACAGAUUUAUUCAACGAGUUUAAUGCUGCAGUUAUUGGACCCUGCAAGCUCAGCGAAAAUGACGCGGAGGAUCGGUGACGUAAUUUUUCUUGUUUCUGAAGUUUGGGAGCUAAAUUUAAAUUUUGAGAAAAUUGUGUAUCAGAACAGUAGGAUUGGGAACGGAGUAUUGUUUUACUGUACAUUAGUUGGGGUAUUGGAAGACGACAAAUAUAAUAUAUCAUGUACCUCUAUUUGAAUACAAUAAUUGUAAAUAGGAAUGCUAUUAUCAUGAUGAACAUACUUGCUUUUGUUGUCAAUUUUGAUAAUAAUGGCUGAAUGGAAUAACUUGUCUUGUGACAGUAAUGUCCAUGUUGAAACAGGGUUGCCCAGUAUUAUUUUAAAUAUUCAAGUACGCAAUAUGAUAUAAUGACAACUAUGUAUAUAGAUUGAUUUGAAAUUUAGCGAAAGAAAUCAUUUAAUUGACAGUGGGGAAAGACUAUGUCCUCAUUGUUUCAAAUUUGACAUUCUCAGUUUUUAUUCGACUACUUUUGUUUACUGUCAACCUGUCGAAACGGCAAUCCUGUUUAAUCGUUUACUCAUAAUACAUGAUAAGCUCAUAACAUCCUUAGUCUAGUUGCAUACUAACAUUAUUACUUUAACGUUUAUGUAUUGCAAACAUUUAUUAUUUUCAUAUGAGAAUAAUAUGAUAUUAAUAUUGAAACUUGUGAAUAAUUCGUAUAAUGUUAUUACUACUGCUUUGUAUUCAACCGUAGUAACUUGUAAAUAAUAGUGUAUUUUUCUCAUUUAUCUAGAGAUUCCUCUACAAGGGAUGCAAGAGUGUAUGUUUAAUUGGAGAAUUUUCUCAUUAGUUUAUUAUUAUUGGAGGCUUUUAUCAUUAUCAUACUAAUUUUAAUGUGUUGACUAGCGUAAUAGUAUCAGUCAAAUUAUUAUUGUUUUUGACAAAUAUGUAUGUUUGAAAUCGUGAGAUUAAUUUUGUUAAGUUGGCGUUGCUUUUUAUAUUAUGAUUUAAUAUCGUUUUUGAAUCGGUUUCAAAAAAAAUUAUAGUCAUUGGAAAAUUUAUUGUGUACUCACUAAGCGAAUGAGUCACAAAAUGGAAAAUAUGCAAUAAAUGUAUUUUAUUGAAAUUA